CAGGCUCAGAAGAGCCAAAGCUUCAGUCGGUGCUCGCUGAGGACCUCGGAGCAGCCAUGUCUGAGCUUAAGGUCCAGUCUGUCCUGGUAACGGGCUCCAACAGAGGAAUAGGCUUCGAAUUCGUUCAACAGUUUCUGAGGAGCCAACGUCCUCCUGAGAAGAUCUUUGCUACCUGCAGGGAUCCCGGAUCUCCUCAGAGCCAGGAAUUGAAAAACUUGUCCACCAAGAACCCAAAUGUCAUAGUGAUUCAGCUAGACACCACGGACCCUGCAAGUGUCAGCACCUCGGUGAAAGAAGUAGAGAAACAUUUGAAUGGACAGCAACUCGAUCUUCUCAUCAACAAUGCUGGGGUCCUAACACACAACAACCUGGAGUCACAAAACGCUGAGGACAUGUUGCGCGUCUACAACAUAAAUGUGGUGGGCCCUAUGCUGGUUACACAGGCUUUCUAUCCCUUGCUAAAAAGAGCAGAAGGCACAGGGAAGUCGGCCGUUGUCCACAUCUCGGCACUGCUUGGAUCUCUUGAAGAUGUCCCCCACCUCUUCUCUCAUUUCCCAGUCAUUUCUUAUCGCUGCAGUAAGGCUGCUCUUAACAUGUUGUCAAGAUGCCAGUCAGAGGGGUACAAGCAGGACAGCAUCAUAUCCAUAGCGAUUCAUCCGGGAUGGGUUAAGACCGACAUGGGAGGUGACCAGGCACCUCUAACAAAAGAAGACAGCGUCAGCAGCAUGAUGAAAAUUAUCUCAACCCUCAAUGAAAAACAGAGUGGCACUUUUGUAGAUUGGGAAGGAAAAAUUAUCCCUUGGUAAACCCUGAAAACAAGACAACGAAGUGGAAAAUCAUUUACUUACCGUGAUCUAUUAAUAAAAACUGCCUGCAGAUGAAGCGUUAAGUUUCUAUCCUAAUGUGUCAUGUAAUCAUGCAGAAUGCCAACAUAAGUGCAUAUGCCAUAUACAUGUUGGCCACCAGAUGGCAGUAUACGAUAAAUAAAAAAAUUGCCUUUAGA